CUCGCAGGAUCCCAGCCCCUCUCCCACCUGCCUGUCUCCUGCUGUCGGUGACUAGCUGCCUCUCCUUCCCCUCUCUCCCCCCCAAUCAGCUGAUAGCAGCUCCAUCCUGUCUCUGUCUCUCCUCCUCCAUCAGUUCCUCCUCCCUCUCCCCUGCAGUCAGCUGACUGCAGCUCUCCCUCUCCUCUCUUCACUCUCGCCUAGAUCGGAUUUAGCUGUUGGACCGGGUCAGGAUGGCGCCCAGCGGACUAAAGGCAGUGGUUGGAGAAAAGAUCAUGCAUGAUGUUAUCCGUAAGGUGAAGAAGAAAGGAGAGUGGAAGGUCCUGGUGGUGGAUCAGCUCAGUAUGCGCAUGUUGUCAUCGUGCUGCAAGAUGACUGAUAUCAUGACAGAAGGGAUUACAAUUGUUGAAGACAUUAACAAACGAAGGGAACCGAUCCCGAGUCUGGAGGCUGUGUACCUGAUCACGCCUUCCGAGAAGUCUAUUCACUCUCUCAUCAGCGACUUCAAAGAUCCUCCUUCAUCCAAAUACCGAGCAGCUCACGUCUUCUUUACUGACUCCUGUCCAGACUCUUUGUUUAAUGAGCUGGUAAAGUCCAGAGCAGCCAAAGUUACCAAGACGUUGACCGAGAUAAACAUUGCGUUCCUUCCAUACGAGUCACAGGUGUUUUCCCUGGAUUACCCCGACUCGUUCCACAGCUUUUACAGUCCUCACAAGGCUCAGAUGAAGAACCCAAUUCUAGAGCGUCUUGCUGAGCAGAUUGCCACUCUGUGUGCCACACUGAAAGAGUAUCCAGCUGUGCGCUACCGCGGAGAUUACAAGGAUAACGCAAUGCUUUCGCAGCUCAUCCAAGAUAAGUUGGAUGCUUACAAAGCCGACGAUCCAACCAUGGGAGAAGGCCCAGACAAGGCUCGCUCACAGCUCAUCAUCCUAGAUCGUGGUUUUGAUCCAGUCUCCCCCAUUCUGCAUGAGUUAACUUUUCAGGCCAUGAGUUACGACCUCCUGCCUGUUGAGAAUGAUGUGUAUAAGUACGAGACCAGUGGAAUAGGUGAGCAGCGAGUGAAAGAAGUCCUUCUGGAUGAAGAUGAUGAUCUCUGGGUUACCUUGCGUCACAAGCACAUUGCGGAAGUGUCACAGGAAGUGACUCGCUCUCUGAAGGACUUCUCUUGCAGCAAAAGGAUGACCACAGGUGACAAGACUACUAUGAGGGAUCUUUCCCAGAUGCUGAAGAAAAUGCCACAAUAUCAGAAGGAACUGAGCAAGUACUCCACUCACCUACACUUGGCCGAGGACUGCAUGAAGCAUUACCAGGGAACAGUGGAUAAACUCUGCCGCGUGGAACAGGAUUUGGCAAUGGGCACAGAUGCAGAGGGGGAAAAGAUUAAAGACCCAAUGAGGGCAAUUGUUCCAAUCCUUCUGGAUGGGAAUGUCAGCACCUAUGAUAAGAUCCGCAUCAUUCUUCUGUAUAUCUUCCUUAAGAAUGGGAUCACCGAGGAGAAUCUCAACAAGCUGAUCCAGCAUGCGCAGAUCCCACCAGAAGACAGCGAAAUUAUCACCAACAUGGGUCAUUUGGGUGUCCCUAUCAUCACUGAUUCCACACUCCGUCGCAGGAACAAACCAGAUCGCAAGGAAAGAAUCAGUGAGCAGACGUAUCAGCUGUCCAGAUGGACCCCAGUCGUCAAAGACAUAAUGGAGGACACUAUUGAUGACAAGUUGGAUACAAAACAUUACCCUUACAUCUCUACCCGUUCCUCUGCUUCAUUCAGCACAACAGCUGUAAGCGCCCGCUAUGGACACUGGCACAAGAACAAGGCCCCCGGGGAAUAUCGCGCUGGUCCACGUCUGAUCAUUUUUAUUCUGGGAGGAGUGGGCUUUAGCGAGAUGCGCUGUGCAUACGAGGUGUCUCAGGCUAGCGGCAAAUGGGAAGUCCUAAUAGGUUCCACUCACAUAUUAACACCCAUCAAAUUUCUUGGAGACCUCAGACACCCAGACUUCAGAGACAGCAGUCGGGUGUCAUUCGAGGACCCGGCUCCCAUCAUGGAGUGAGGUCUAACGAGCUGGGACAAAAAAGGUCCACUCACAUCCUAACCCCCCAGAAACUCUUGGACUCCCUGAAGAGGUUGAAUAAAACAGAUGAUGAGAGCAGCAGUUAGAUUUCUCCCUCGCCCCACGCGAUAAUGUAUCUCAUCUUUUGAUCCCCACCUUCCUACUCAUCCAUGAAGAGAAACCUUUUUCAGUCAAUGCCCCGGCCAACGUAACCGAAGUUCCACUAAAGCCCCUGCUCCCCCACGUUCCAACCAAGGCUCAUUUGUUUUGGCCUCACAAAAGAGGCCUUUUAAUGUUAAGGCAUGGAUGUACUUUUGGCCAUUUUGUACUCCCCUGACGUUUAAAUCCUGCGUUGUGGACACUGUAUUUAUGUCUGUUUCUCUUCCUGGACUGUGUUAUUAUUCCGGGUACUCCGGGUCUCGUAAUUUCGGUUACGCGUUCCAUGCAAUGCCCUCUGGGCAGUGUAGCCGGGAUAUACCUUUAAAGCACCUUCCAUGCACUGGAUUUAUGUGUUGUACUUUGCAUUUCUUGCUUGCUAAUUAUAUUUUGUAUCUGUCCAUCUCACCGCAUUUGCACAGUGAAUUCCGGAUGGACAUCGCUUCAAAAAAAGCUUUCUGUAUGUAUAAUCCCCAGGAGGUCUGUUUCCCCAACGCAUUCCACUACUUAUUCUAGUAACCUUCUAAUACAAGUAUAGACUCUCCACUAUAUCAAAAAAGACAACAGAAUUUGGGUAAAUCUUAUUGCGUACGAUGAUUUAAUUUGUAAUUCACAAAAGGCACAGAAAAAGUGGGGACUUUCGAUUAAAUCACAUGCGCAAACUUUUAAACAAAAAACAUUAUUGAGAUUACAAACUAACGAACACUAGAAUGCAACGUAUGCAUUAUAUUUUCAGUACAAGGUUACUUCUUUUAACUGUUCGGAAUUACAAUUCUGUCUAUAGCUCUUUCCUUUCCAAAUGUUAAGUCUUGCUCCGUUUUCAGAAGUGCGUGUAUUUGUCCGAGUGGCCAUCCUCUUUUACUUAUAAUUCCCUAUUUGAAAUGAAAGCUUGCAUCCCUGUUGUGUGUAGCAUCCUAGAUGUCCAAAAUCGGCUCUGUCUUAAAUAUCUUCCAAAAAAAAAAAAAAACAUAAUUAAAAAAAAUAUUUGUUUGUAGGUCGGAGGAGUGAGGCUAAGUUUACACUAUUAUUCUGUCACAAGCUAUUUGUACGAUGUAAAUAACAAUACAUUUAAAAUAGUCUAUUCUAACCGCUAUUAAUCCUUAUGUAUUUAAAUGGUGUAGAAAUGCACAAAAUUGGUGAAUUUACAUUUUGUGGGGGGCCUUUUUUUUUUGCAAUUUCGUAAAAACAAAAAAAAUAAAAUACAAGGCCCUAGGGUAGCAACCUCCCAAAGAAAAAUGAAAAAAAUGUUAAAUUAAUAGAAGUUUAAGUAUUUAAAGGGGUAAAACUCCUAAAUCAGUGUCAUAACUACUUAACAAUAUUUUUUUCCGGGCCUUGCGCUGAUGGAGUCCUUAAAGGCUCUAAGAGAAUUUUAGACAUUUUCCAGAAGUGACAAAGUUUAUUUAAAGAAUACUGUAGUCUUAUUUGCCAUUAAAGCGAGAAGCGACCGGGGAGAUACUGCUGGUUUCCAAUUUCUUUUCACGUUGGUGCAAACCACGCCGCCUCCCAGUGUCUCAAGUGUUUGUAAAAAAUGUGUAAAUGUGUUUAGUAGCUCGUGAGAUGCCAUCACCGCCUGCUUGCUUCCCAGACGCGGAAAUAUUUGAUACCUCUGUGGGUUCAUCAUACGACUGAGACCGGUACCCGUGUCCAUCAUAAAAUAAAUAUGGCCUAAAUCCCAGUACGUCAUAUAAGCCUCACACCUCCAUCUCCUGGUAAAAUAUGUUCUGUGAUAAAAGUUUGUCAAUUUUUGCCUGCAAAUAAAGAAAUGAAUAGAAA